AGACAUGUUUAUGCACUGGUACAUGUAUAAAGAUUUUUCUGAUUAUAAUUGAUAGUCAGUCGGUUGGGUCAAUCUCAUUAUUUUCAUUCUCUUUGGCGGGAAGAGAACGUGGGUAAACCAAAAUCAGCCCACAAAACCACACACACAGACAACCUCAUCAAAGUUGUCAGGUCAAUGGGAAUAUCUUUCCAGAUAUGGACCAAAAAGGACAGAAAAAACUUCUGAAGGACUUGCCUGCAAAGUUUCAUGAAAUUUUACACCCAGAAACAGUAGAAAAAACCAAAAAGCUCUGGGAGGACUUCUGGCAGUUGUACAAUGUCAUUAGUGACUGGACACCAGGGGAAGAUCAAGUCCUCUCAUUUUAUUCCAAGACUGUUGAGUGGGGAAAGCAGCUUUUGAACAUGACAGGGGAUGGUUACGCCCACACAUGUCCAAUCACACCGUACAUCCAUCUGAUGAUCUGUCAUGUACCUGUGAUGCUUCAGAAGUAUGAGACUAUGAAAAUAUUCACUGGCCAAGGUGUAGAAAAAAAGAAUGAUGAUUUUUGGAGAUACCUCCACCGAAGAAUUAACAGGUGGGAUACCUGCAAAUCACUGUUGAUGGUUGAAAAAGGGAGGAGGAAUUGGAGCCAUGGGAAAGGACACAAAGAGGGACACCAGAUUCUGGCAUGAGGGAAGAAAGCAGGAGAGUGCGAGGAAAUUUCCUCGACUAACAGAGAGCACAGAACAAGAUGAUGACCAACAAACAUCAACACAGAUGCCACCAAUACAAUACGAGAGAGAGCUCAAGUCAAUGAAAGUUCCUCAGCUGCAUGAAGUCGAACUUGGACUGUCAGUGGGCAGGGGUAAAAGAAAACAAGAGCUUAUCGAGAUGAUCUGCCAGUUUCUUGCUCGCAGCCAAUAAUUGUUUACUGUUCUAUUAAGUGUCAUUGUCAGAGAAAACCAGGCAGUACCAAAAGAUCAAGGUCGGCCGUUUACAUUCAUCUUUUCACAGUGUAAAAGCUAUCCGAAAAGAUUAACAACCAUGACAUUUGCCGAGGUAGGCGUUCAUUUUUCUUCGAGAUAUCACCACAUCAAGAUUUUGGCCUCUCAAGCAGUCUAAAAUGGCCGAAAUUUCGGGCAACUUUAGGUGAGCCUAAAAGAUACUUCCUACAACUUCCAGAAACUCUUAUUUUCGUGACAUAAUAUUUGUCCCCUUAUUAGUUGAUUGAGAAAUAUUAGAGGUCUUUCGCAUUAAUUCUACAGUUUUCAAGAGGUGCCAAAUAUCGCCGCCGAAUCGUUAAUGAGUGUGGCCCAAAUUUUAGCCAUUUUCAGCGAGUCGUUUUUCAAAAGUGCGGCAGUCUAUUUCCACAGAAAGACAUUUUUGUGAUAGUCUUUUGCAUUGUUAUCAAUAUCCAGUUUAGUUAAAAUUGGUAUCCACAGGCAAAUCGGGGUAAUUGGUCUCGCAAAGUCCAAAAAAAGUCAUUGGCCAGAAAUAUUUCCCGCCAAAUUUUUAGGGAAGAAUAUCACCUUAUACCGACUUUCUGCGAUUGUUAUCCAUGAUUUACUAAAAUAUUUGCAAAAAAUAGUUAGCUGGACUGCAGAAUAGAAUAUUUAAGCUGUGACAUCGUUAUUGACCUAUGGAAACAUUUCAAACUUGCCAAAUCCUUACCAUUAUUUAGGCUAAAUUUUCCCACGAAAAUUCUAUUUUUAACGUCACGCUGCAUGGAAAAACAAAGUGGAUCUUCAGUUCGCUGGUCUCUUUUGCUGUUUAGUAGAACAAACUGUAAGUUAAUAGUGAGCAAAGCUUUUCCCUGAAUCAGUUUAAUUUUGGGACUUCGGCAAACCCCUUUUUAUAUCGAUUUUCUCGUUUUCGGAAGACGUGACACGUUACAGAUUCAAACGUCAGAUGAAAGGACUUUAAGAUGUUGAUCUCGCCUAAAGGUUUUUCCUCGGUUUUGAAAACAUUAGCUGUUCUUUCGGAUCAAAAAAAUCGCGUAGCACUGCUGGUGGCGGGGCAGUUUUUCUUCAAUUAUUAGCGUACAAACGAGAUAGUCGAGCAAAGACGUUAGAGGUGGUUUCUAUUUGCUGCAACCUAAUGUAAACAAUGAGGAAAUACAGCUCCCUGCUCUCAGGCUCACCAAAGGAUCAAAAACGACAAACGACUGGGAUAAACAUCUCAAUACGUGUGAUCAUUGCUAGGCCAGUAUUGCCGGCAGAAACCUUUCUUGCGUUUAAUGUUGCCGUUUGUAUCAUCGCAGGUUAGUACAGCAUCUUGUUUUCCGCUCUGGAACUUUUACUUUCAACAAAAGUAAUAUAAUGUUGCUUCUGUUAAUAUUGACCACAAAACCCCUUUUAAUGCAAUGAAAUUACAUCCAAAUUUUUAUUGAUAAUUUCUUGAUAGUUUUAUUGCUGCUGUUGUCAGAGUUCAUAAAGAACAAGAUCGCAAUAUGUUUGUGAUCCAUGAGAACAUAAAUUGAAUUACAUUUUGCACGCAACUAAGUUGCUCUGAAGAUUAAUUGAGAUAGUUUUAACAUGGUUCAUGAAAAAAAAAA